ACGGGCGUCAAAUCGAAGAAGCAGGGCUACGCUGUUGGGGAUCAAUGGAAUCAAUCAAUCCCUGUUUUUGGUCGACCUCCUCGGCUCAGAUGCGGUCCUGAUACCAAGAGUAAUUUUUCGUUUAAAUUUCUCCGAUUCGCCUAAUUCUGAGUGGAAGUAGUAGCGUCAAAUCUAGCGAUCACAUGCCUUGUACUGCCUCUGUCGUACGAAGAUUUUAGCCCUGCCAGCGAAUUUCGGAACACACCCAUUAUAAUCUUCAGCAACGCUAACAGGUUUUCAAUUCCUCCGCCUAUGGAGCCGAUGCCAUGAUUCACAGGAAUUCUUGUGUUCCAGUUUAUCAAGAGGUCAAGAGGAAAGAUCAUGCCAUAUUCCACUGGUUAUCAGGGGUUCGUGGUUUUCUUGGGAAAAUGGUGAAAAAACAUUGACUGAAAUUAAUGCAGAAACUAUGACCAAUAAGGGUUUCUGUAUUAAUGCGCUAUCAGAGUAUCACGUCAACUAUACAUUCGUGUUUCAAAAGGAUGUGUGUUACAACUGCGUCAAACUAGUCGUCAGAACUGUCAAUGUCCUCGAAAAGCUGGAAUCAAGUUGUGUAAAUUUACGUAAUGGUGUCCAACCAACAGUGGAAAACGUAUGCAGUGGACUGCGUCCAGAUCAACAGUUGAUCACAUUAUUUUCUGAAAACUACGUUCCAGUCAAUUGUCGAUCAUCUCUUGAAGGUGUCUGGCAAUUUGCUUAUCAAAAUCGAUUCAGAUUCACUGGAGAAUGUAAUCAUCCAGAUGCACAAAUUCGUUCCUGCCAAACAGCUGGUACUCAGUUCUUGAUUACAAAUCAAAAGUUUACCAUAAAUUACAAACGAUGUGACACAUUAGAAGGAACUGAAGACGGAUUGGUGGAAUACAGUUGUUUGGGUGACUGGUUUGUUGACAAGAAUCAUUUCUUUGCCGUCGCAAACACGAAGGAAUCUCGAAAAGAUGAAAAGUACAGAUGUUUCCUGAAGAAUCGUGAUGAUGACUUGUACAUUGGUGUUUCUAUAACUGCAGAGUGUAACACUCUAAAAACAGUUGAAAAAAGUCCUGAGCGUCUUCGUAUAACGCCCGUUAAAUCUGAAGUUGUCGACCCAGGAUGUCGCUUACCUCAAAACAUGUCUGGAGACUGGAUAAACACUGCUAAUAUAGAUGCAGAUAUUUUCAUAAAUGAGACCCACAUAAUAGAAACUUGGUAUCCAGAUGAAGGCCGUUUCAGGCGAACCAUUUAUGUAUGUCGAGAACAAAGAGACACUAGAGUCAUGAUGGCAAGAUUAACUGUGGAUGGAUGUCAGAAAGAUUACGUUUGUUUUGACUUUGUUCCACAACAUCAUAACGUUAUAAGAUAUCGGCGAGGUGUUGCUGUUAUUAAAGAUGACUUCCAUACAGUAUGUUCCUGGGUUCAAUUUCCAAACAAGGAAGCAUGGAAAUACGACUUGUACCUCGCAAAAUAUCCAGUACCAGUUAGAUGCCCUGUAGCAGGAAAAUAUAUGUUCACCCAAAAAGGAGAUAUUUUGUUCGAAACAAGAAUCUUGGGAGGUGUGACACUCUCCCCGCGGCCGAAUAUUUAUUGCAAACAAAAUAUAUCAGAUUUAUCAGUGUGUGACACCGAUCAAAAGGAAGUAGCUAUUGACGAAACCUACUGCCUUUCAGUUGAUCACUUGGGACGACCAGUUGAUAUUUACAGUACACCUGAUUAUAAAAUGAAAUGCAUUGGCUACUGGAAAGAAAAUUUGAAGUCAUAUUUAAUUACAUAUGACGAAUUGGAUGCAUUCAGUAAAUAUCGAUGCUGGGUUUAUCAAAGGGCAGAUUUGAAUCGUGUCUUGAUGUCCCAAGCUCUUGGACCUUACUGUGACCUCAAACAAGAUGUGACAAGUAGCACUCAGACCGAAGGUGCUGCCGUCGCUCUGCAGCUACAAGAAUACGAGCGUGAACGAGAUCAAUGUCCCAUGCACUUUGAUGAUGGCAGCAAUCCUUGGGUACAAACAGAAAAUUAUAUUCAAGUUUUUCGUUAUGAUAAUGGAUCUCCGAUUCUAAGUUCAUCUACUGUGUUAGUCCUAGUCUUACUUGGGGCUCUCACGCAAAUUUUCUAAUGGAGGGUUGUCUGCUCAUUUUUAAUAUGAAAAAGUAUAAAUACCUUGCGUUACUGCGAAUAGAUUGAGUACCUGCAAUGAUCGUGCUGUGUUCAUAAGGUAUCUCAUAUUCCGUGCUAAUACUGUAGUUUUAUCACACGACAAUUAAGUCUGAAAAUUGGAAUCUCUGCAAGUAUUUCCUUUGAUAUAAGACACAUGGGAUACUACUGUGUUAUCUAAUAAUCCGUUGAUGUAUAUAUAUA